AUGGACGCCGAAGAGGAUCUACAGCCGCAAUUUACCAUCAAGAAGCGCGCAAAAAAGCCGCGCCCGUCUACCUCGUCCAUCCGGUCCUUCUCAUCAGCACAAGACGACGACACGCCCACACCUGCUGCGGAAAGUGGUGCAGGCCCGCAGGAUGACACCCAGGAGGAUGGGAACGUGGCGGUUGUGCGAGCGCGCGGCAAGAAGACGCCUGCGGGGCGAGUGAGGGAUCGCGAGGCGGGGAAGAGCAAGGGGCGGAUAUCGUUCGGCGGCGACGAAGAGGAGGGCGACGACGGCGACACUAGCUUCGUCAAGCGAUCCUCUCCCGCCUCCACGCCUCGCCGCCUGCUUCGUCCUUCUGUCGGACUCCCCUCUCCUACGACAGCUCCCUCGGCUCCAUCUCCAGCCACUCCAUCCGCCGCUCCGUCUACGAGCCAGAGCGUCUACUCGAAGGAGUACCUCGAGGACUUGAAGCGGAGUCAACUGAGUACACCAAGGAAUGGUGCGGCUCUCGCGGACGAUGGCGCAGUAGGAGGAUACGAUGACUUGACGAAGAGCAAGUUUGGAGCGGAUCAGCUUGAUGACACCACCGCUGCAUCUUCCACAUCGACGAUCCCUACUACAGCCGCCAUCUCGCUCGCCAAGCAACGUCGCGAAGAGAUGCGCAAAGCCGGCGUCAAUCCUGCUUCGCGAGGGGACGGCUUCGUCUCGCUCGACGUUGGAUUUGCGAACAAGGGCGGGGAGAGCCGCUUGGUGCGGGAGGAGGAUGAGCUAGGAGAGGGAGACGAAGACCUCGCCGCCUAUACCGGCGCAGACAUCCGCCUCCCGCUCGGCAAGCGCGCCAACACUGCAGCCGCAGCCCAAAUGCGUGCCGAGAUGGGCGAGAUGAUCGAGGAUGUCGAGAUGGACGUGCGAGACGACGAUGAGGAGAUGCGAGAGUGGGAGGAGGCGCAGAUCCGGCGGGCUGGAGGAGCGAGAGAGGUGGAGAAGGCGGAUAGGAAGGACGAGGGGCGGACAGGAGUGUACAGACCUGCGCCGAUCCCACAGACGUCGACUCUUCCCUCUCUCGCAUCGACCACCUCCCGCCUCGCCGCCAUGCUCUCAACCCUCACGACGUCCCAUCAACUCGACUCGUCCUCCCUUGCGCACUUUGAAAAGGAGCGGCAAGACCUCGACACGCAGGAGAAGGAACUGCGAGAGGAGGUGCAGAAGGUCGAGAAGAAGAGCAGGUGGUUCGACGAGUUCAAGGAGGAGGUGGAGGACUGGGGCGCGUUCUUGGACGAAAAGUUUCCGCAACUCGAGAAGAUCGAGUCCGAAUACCUCGCCAUCCAGCGGGAACGGUUCGACAUCGUUUCACGUCGACGAUAUGCGGACGACGCAGACGACGUCGCGCUCUUCACCGGCGCUAGCGUUCCUUCGGUCUUCCGCACCGCUAGCUCGGACGCAGCCGCGGCGCCGAUCGAGACAGACGAGGAGGAGCAGGAGGAGCAGCCGCGCUCGCAGGCGCGCAACGCACGCCGAGCAGAGCGGGAAACACGGUCUGCGUCCGCUACUACCUCAGCCUACCCCGACCCUGUCGACUCUGCGGGCUACUUUUCCGAUUCAGCUCUCUCACCCUCCCAAUCUACCGACCUCUCCGCGGCCCUCUCGUCCCUUCACGAGUCCCUCACCUCCCUCUUCAGCGACGUCAAAGCGCCUUCGUUCCGCGAUCCCUCGCUCGGCAUCUUGCAGCGCUUUGAGGAAUGGCGGGCGACGUGGAAGGACGAGUAUGCGAUGAUGUUCGCUGGGCUCAGUCUGAGUCAGGUGUGGGAGUUCUGGGCGAGGGUGGAGAUGGCGGGUUGGAAUCCGUUCGAGAUUCAUGAGCUCCCUCGCACGUCGGCAGACCUGUCGGCAUACUCGUGGCACAAAGCGCUCUCGUCCUACGGGCACUCUUCUGCCGCGCCGAACGAGGACGACCUCGAUGAGGAAGAAGCGGACGAGUCGACCGAAGUCGUCAACGCAGUUGUCGCAUCCGUCGUCAUCCCUCGGCUAUCUGCUCUCGCCAAGGCUGCCUACGACCCCUUCAGCAGUCGACAGACGGUCGCGGCACUCAAGCUGGUGGACGAGAUCAGCUACUGUGUCGAGACAAACAGCCCGAAGUUCGAGAACCUCGUCCACUCCUUCCUCUCGCGCCUCCGCCUCGCCGUUGCGCAAUCGCAGUCUCUCAUCCUCCCUUACCAAGCCUCCCUCUCACUCCCCUCGCUCGCCUACGACCCCACAACUUUCACCGCACGCCUCAAUUUCCUCCACCGCCAGCUCAAGCUCAUCCGCACCUGCUCGCGCUGGAGACGGUACAUGCGCGCCUUGCGUGUUCCAGCUGUGCCCGAGACGUUUGAGACGGCGGGCGGAGAGACGGUGGAGGUGGAGACGGGCGCGGGAGCAACGUUUGAUGAGCUUGUGCAGCGCGAGCUGGUGGCGAGGACGGUGCUGCCUGUCCUGGAGGCGGCUUGGGCGAGCGGCGGGGAAGAGGUUGCGAAGAAGAUCAUCGACGCUCUGCCAAAGGACAUCCCGCCCGCGUUGCGGAGAAGGCUCGAGGGUGCAGAAGUCGCGCAGCGAUGA